CCCCCUCAGGUGACAGCAGCAGGCGUUCCCUGCCCCCACUUCCCUUCCCCAUUUGGGCUUCGGUCUGUGGCUUCCCUGAGAAAGGGAAAUGUCGGCAUCCACUUCCUCUUUCCCAGGUGAGGCCGAGAGCGUCCAUUGCAUGUUGUGCGGGGGCCAGGGGAUGUGAUAUGUUGAAGACACGUGACCGCUUCCAGCCCCUCUGCCCACCUGCUGCUUCCUGCUAGCACCCGCCAUGUCGGGCUUCAUCAUCAACGUGGACUUCAGCCUCCAUGAGGCCUCCAAGAAGCGGUCAGACGGCAACCAGAAGCACCAGCGCUUUGUGAGGCGGCGCCGGUUCCUGGAGCGAAAAGGCUUCCUCAAGAAGAAGCAGCUGCCCGCACCACAGCAGCAGCCACACCCUGCACCCAAAGGGCACGUCUCCCACCAGGGGCAACCCAGGAAGAAGCGGCCAGCGGAGGCGGGGACAGACCACGACUCCUUCCAUACCAAUGGCUUUUCCCAUGCACCCAGGACACUCCCCAAAGGGAAGGAUGCGUGUCGUGUUGUCCAGGUUGGCGGGGCCAUGGACUCCAGCUCCCAGCUGACCUGCUUCCCCUCCAAAGUGAAGAAGGUGGCAGGAUCAAUAAAGUCCCUGGCCGACAUGCACAGAGAAGCCCUGCUGAGCGAGUAUGACAGUGGUCUGCCCGCAGCCCCUGUCUCAAGCAAAUCCAGUAAGCUGGUGGCCAUUGACUGUGAGAUGGUGGGUACGGGCCCUGGCGGGCGGACCAGUGACCUGGCCCGGUGCAGCAUCGUCAACUACCAUGGCGAUGUGGUGUAUGACAAGUACAUCAGGCCCAUCGAGCCCAUCACUAACUACCGCACCCGGUGGAGCGGCAUCCGGAAGCACCAUAUGAAGAAUGCCAUCCCCUUCAAAACGGCCCAGAAGGAGAUCCUGAAGCUGCUCGCAGGGAAGGUGGUGGUGGGACAUGCCAUCCACAAUGACUUCAAAGCCCUCAAGUACUUCCACCCCAAGGUGGCAACACGGGACACAGCUCAGAUCCCACUCCUGAACCGCCGUGCUGGCUUUCCUGAGCACGAGACUGCCUCACUGAAGCGCCUCACCAAGCAGCUGCUGCACCGCGACAUCCAGGUUGGCAGGGAUGGGCAUUCUUCAGUGGAAGAUGCCAGGGCCACCAUGGAGCUGUACAAGGUGAUUGAGACCGAGUGGGAGAAGCACCUGGCGUUGAGCAGGCAGCAGGAGUGACUCAUAUGGAGCCAGCCUCAGAGAGGGAGUAGCAGGG